AUGCCCAGAGAGAUUCUGUGGAUCCUUCGUCACGCGAAGGAGAUGUCUCGGGAUGGCUCUCCAGGUGUUGAUAGCCCAUACGGGCCUGCGGCUGGAAGUCGAUACCGCACAGUUCUCCAUUCAAUAACAUCAUGGCAAGAACUAUACAAAGACCGCCGGAACUGGGCCAUGCGUCUUGUAGAAGAUUCUGGCCAGAUGAGCUCAGCUACACUGGCACGAUACAGCGAAAUAGAUGUUAUUAUCAAGUGCCUGGAUGCUGCUGUUGCGAACCUCGAAAUCAGCAUCAAACAAAUCGAGCCCAAGUACAACGACCUCAAGAAGUGGGUAGCACCCGCACUGGAAGAGCACGGCAACCUUGUCGAGAGAUGGGAGCAGUAUUUAGAUCUCGCCAAGAGCACACCAGUUUCACCCUCCAUGGUCAAAUUUAUGACUGGACGGGAAAUCAACAAGGCCAGACCAACCCUGGAGGAUCUUAUCGAAUUAGACACAGCGAAGAAGGCUGGGAAGCUGGCGCCGACCGCUCACCGAAGGUUCAGCGAUAAGGCAAAUCAACUCGGCAAUACAGCGUCCCAGAUGUAUCAAAGCUUGGAGUCGCUAAUCGCUAAUUUCGAGACACUCAUGAGCCGCUCUGCUCUCAGCCAUAGCACAGACUCGGCCCAGCUUCUUGAAGAUAUCGAAGCAGUGGUGAAGCAGAUGGAUUCCGACUACAGAGCUGCACUGGGAUACGGCAACACACAGCGAGACGUGGCGCAAGCUUCCAAGACGGCUUCGGUGCAUACCGAGCAUCUGGUACCAACACUAAAGAAGCGAGUAAAAGAGAUGGAAGAGUUGCUCCAUUAUGGAACCGAUGCGCGCAACUCGGUCGCCUCGGAGUCGGCAAAGUUCAUGCGCCAUGUCACCGAGAUUACGUCCCUGCACAGCAACGUCAAAAGCCAGAUCAACGUGCUGAACCAAUCCGAGGAUGAUAUGACGACAUUCGACUACCUUCGCCUCAUCCACCAACUUCCCUACAUGUAUGCAGCUUUUGUCGCAGAAGCAGUCCGACGCCGCGAAUGGGUUGAUAAGGUCAAAACGGACUCUUCCACGUUGGCAAACGAAAUGGCCCUGUUCCAGGAUGAAGAGUCCAAACGGCGACGCAAGUGGCAGAAAAUGAUUGGCAGCAUGUACGGUCCUGAUUUAGAUACAAAUGUCAUGGGUCUCGAGGUCAACCUGCUCGGAGAAGACACACCCUGGCCAGCCUUGACCAAAGAGGAUCUGACAGAUUUUAUCCAGAUACUGCAAGAGCAACCUGUUGAUCAGACCGUUUUGGACGACAUAGUAAAGCUUGUACAAGAGCUUGAUAGUCCAACAAAGCAGCAGUCCAAACGACUCAAGGCUUUCAAGAAUGGGAGCAUACAUGAGGCUGCACUUGGCAGGAGUGGGCUUAUGAUUCGAGGAGAUGACGAUCUACUGCAAUCGCUACAAGAAGAUAAGGGGAAACUGGAGAAUAAGCUUAAGACAGCCGAAAGUCGAGUCCGUCGUUUAGAAGACUUACUUCACCGACAGAGCCAAGCCAGCCGCCCCGGAAACCUGUUCCAACCACAAGGUUCUCAGCAACGUGAGAGAGUGAAUUCAGCAUCCUCGGUUAGAUCGAGCCGCUUCGACGAUCGCAGACGAUCUUCCGAAGGCAUUGACCCUUUGAUGCGCCGUAUCACUCAACUCGAAAACGAACUGCGAGAAGAGAAACAGCGAUCAGUCAAUCUACAGCAGGAGCUAACGACUCAAUCAAAUAACCAUGAAGACGUCAAAGGUCAGCACGAAGACUUGAAGGCCCAGCAUGAAGAUUUGAAAGGUCAAAUGGCAGAAAUUAACACUACCAAACAAGAUCUACUCGAGAACAUGGAGGCCCUUGAGCGCGAGUUCGUCGAAGAGCGUAAGAACCUGGAGAUCGAAAUCAAGACACUCAAGGCUCGCCUAGAAGAUACCGAAGACGAAAUCGAGCAAUUCGAUGAAUCGAGGCAGCACGAGAAAGCCGGGUUGGUCGUACGGGUGGAAGAGUUGGAAGCCGAGCUGGAACAAGUCAACAAGCAGCGACAAGACGACGCGCUCAAGGCGCAAGGGCAGGUUGAGUUUCUACGCAAAGAAACCAGAAUCCAAAGAGAGCAACAGGAGGCCCUCGAGCAGCAAAUACAGUCCGCACAGGAAGAGGUACAAAACGUCUCGAGAAAGCUAAGUGUUGCCGAGGAGGCUUUGGAUGACCAUUGGCAAGCUUUGACAAGGCUCUUCAGUGAGCUCUCGCCCGAUGGUACUAUCCCAGACAACGUUGUGGACCUUUCCAACUUACUACUCACGCAAGCUGGAACCUUGGUUGAAAAGUCUCGGAAUUCCGAAGCAGACAUCGAGUUGCUAAAGACUCAGGUUGAGCACUUCUCUUCGGCCAUAUCAGAACUUCGAGAGCAGGUCUCCCAGAAAGAUGCCAAGCUUUCCGAGGAUGAAAUGACCGUGAUUCAUCUGCGCGAAAAUAUUGCUGAGGAACAAGCAAAGGUAUCAGCUCUCGAACAAGAACUUGCCGAUGGCAGGGAGCAACUUACGGAAUUGCGUGCUAAACUCAGCGAUGGCGAGACUGGCCCUGAAGCUUUGCAGACUCGACUCGAGGAUGAGGAGAAGAAGGUCAUGACCUUGACCGAAGAGGUGGCCUCCAAGCAAUCUCACGUUGGCAGCCUGGAAGAAGAGCUCCGGAUGUUCCAGGAGAAGGUUGAAUCUCUCCAGGGCAAGAUAUCGCACAUGAACAGCCAUUAUGAACAUCGAGACGAGAAGACGAAGGACCUAACGCAGCGCCUCUACUCUCAGAAUGACCGUAUGUGCCGACUGCUAGAACGUGUGGGAUACGCUGUUACCAGGAAAGAUGGAGAGAUGACUGUUAACAAAAUACCACGCGCCGAGAGAAAUGCCCAGAACCUCGCCGAUUCUACCGAUCCCAGCGCGUCCAUUCGCAAAUCUGGAACCCUUAGUCGUGUCUUGGGCGAUAGUGUCGAUUUAGAACUACUCUAUUGGUUUAACAACUCCGACAUGCAGGCCGAAGAUGAGAAAUACGAAGAGUUCAUGAACAACCUAGGCAAAUUUGACAUGGAGCUCUUUUCCGAAACUGUUUACCGCAGAAUUAAGGAAGUGGAACACAUGGCUCGCAAAUGGCAGAAGGAGGCUCGGUCUUACAGGGAGAGGGCACACAUCUUGCAGAAAGACUCGCACGAGAAGAUUGCUUUCAAGCACUUCAGGGAGGGAGACUUGGCCUUGUUCCUUCCGACUCGCAACCAGCAAGCCGGUGCAUGGGCUGCUUUCAAUGUCGGUUUCCCUCAUUAUUUCCUCCGAGAGCAAGAUGCCCAUCGUCUACGACAUCGCGAAUGGCUUGUUGCCCGUAUCUCACGGAUUCAAGAACGAGUCGUCGACCUUUCUAAGAGCCUUCAACCAAGCAGCGAGACGGAGUCGAUCAACGACGAGGAGAACGACAAUCCAUUCCAGCUGUCGGAUGGUUUGCAUUGGUAUCUAAUCGAUGCUUUGGAGGACAAACCUGGCGCGCCCUCAACCCCUGGAAUGGGCAAGUCAACUGUCGCGGCUAAUACCGUGGAGGCAACAGCCAACAUCCACGCCCAUGGUGUGGGUGGGAAGGGUAAGAGCCGGGAAAGCGUUACAAGCAUUGAAGGUAUUAACAAGACACUGUCCAAGAGUCUUGAGAGUAGGCGCAGCAGUACCAACUCCAAGAAAGCCCUGCCUUUCCAACUCGGCGGCACAACGUUGUUGAAGAAUAGUGCUUUGGCUAGCGAAACGAAUUCACUCCGAGCGCACAACGCCGACACGCCCUCGGGCACAAGUCCAACGCAAGGAGGGCAUCUUACAUCUACCAACGCGAGCCUGGGACAGAAGAACCAGCGGGUGGACGGCCCAAUCAGACAGCCUUCGGACGAGUCAUCGACCCAAGGUGGCGGUGCCAAAGCGGACGAGGUACGAAACGUCGACGCCCUUUUUGGACCGUGA